AUGUCUCCAAGUGGCUCACGUAUUAUUGAUCCCAUGCGAGCCUCCACCGGAACGGUGCAGCUCAGCUCCUCUUAUGACCCCUCCUCCGCUAGUCGAUCCGCAUACUCCGGCUAUCCGUCCAGCGCGCCCUAUGUGGUGACAGCGUACGACCCACGGUAUUUUCGGGAAGGAGGAUUAGAAGCCCAGCGAGUCUCAUCAAAAACUUAUCGAGAUGCUGGCCACUCAACCAAAUUGCGAACCGAGUAUGAAGUUCGCCCAAGACAACGGAGCAAUACUACCUCCGCGGCAGACGCCCAUUUGGCUCCUGGUCGGCUUCAUGGCCCCAGAGCCCCUCCUGUCAUAACAACUCACUACCGCCGUUCUCCUAGCCCUCUCCCAAGCCAUGACCAUCAUCCGGUGCAUUCCUCUUCGCCCCGGCGCCACCGGCGCCACCCUCUGUCCGUCUCUCAUAUCGAUUAUGCCAGUGAUACAGGAAGGCUGGACCCGAACGAUAGAGGGAUUAUGUCACCGAUAGUUCACAGUGGUUACAGGGAACAGGAUCCCAGUAGACGCUCGCGAUAUCCACCUACGGGAGGCCUUCGCAAGGGGGAGGACAUUGACGAUUAUGAUGCUUAUUCCUAUACCAAUCCUCGCGAACAGUUUGAGAAAGAUUCUGCCGCGCGAAUUCACCACGAUCGGGGCUCAUACUGGAGGGAGAGGCCCCUGAGCUUGACCGGGAUUGAUGAUCCUCAGCUAGUGUCAAGAAGCGGACCCCGAUCGCCAAAGCCUCCUCCAUCUACAAGAGGUUUCGACAGACUGGAGUGGGACCCAAGGGUACGGCGUCCUAUGCAGGGCUCUGCUGAUAGCGACGUUGACGUCGCCAGUGCGCACCGGCGGAUGGGGCGACGAAAUCCGGUUCAUCUACACCAAGAAGCGGAUGAAGGGUACUCUUCAUACAGGAGCGAUUACGAAGAUGCUCACCGUCACCGGCAUCGGCAUCGACGGCAUAACAGCAGUAGGAGUAGUCGACAGCCUUAUGAUGACGGUGCGUCAAGGAGCUCCAUCACUAAUGAGCCUGCUCCCCAAGGCACUACUACUGGGCUAGGGACGGCUGUCUUAGGAGGUGUAUAUGAUGACCAUGAAUCUCAACGAGCCGAGCGCCAUCGCUCUUACGAUCACGAUACGCGAGAGCGUCAGAAUCGACCGCAGAGGCCGUCUAGACGCCGAGCCGACAGCGAUUCCGAUGAAUACACUUCUGACGAGGACCUGAGGAAACACAGACGCGAGGCGUCGGCGCGCCCGAAAGCUAGCCGAUCUGAUGACUCUGCAAGCGGCAGCGAGCGCCCUCGACGGCGCCGGUCCCACUCACGCCAUCGUCCGCAGAAUAGCCCUACCAACAAGGAGAUGAUCCAGGUAGAUCGUCAGGAAGAUAAAAGGGCAGAAUCUACAGUUUCGAAGGACAGCGAGACUCCACCGAAAGGGAUUCUAAAAACUCCUACGGAUAAAUUCCCAGAGGAACCGAACCCUGUACGAGAAGGGGUGGCGCCUCUGAAGGACGCGCACAAGAAAGGCAUUCCUCCCGGAGCGCGAUGGACUAAGAUUGAUCGUCGACUAGUCAAUCCCGCGGCCCUGGAAGCUGGCCGUGAGCGCUUCGAGGAACGGUCGGACUACGUGAUAGUCUUGCGGGUGCUGAGCAAGGAGGAGAUCCAAGCGUAUGCAGUCAGGACACAAGAGAUACGAGAUGCUCGCUACCGUGAGUAUGUUCAAGAGCGACGUCGGAGGCGAGAGGAAGAUAAGCGACGUGGUCGUGCGGUUGAUGACUUCUCAAGUGACGAUGAGGAAGAUGACGACGAUUCUCCUGAGGGAGUCGAGGAUAAGCCGGCAGAGCAGCAUAAGAUGGCGGAGCCUGUGAAGUCAGCAGGCUAA